AGAAGAAAAUUUUCAAUAACUUACUUAUUCUGUCUGGUUAAUCAACCCUUCUAAGUCAAUGUCUUUAUUAAAAAAUAAAAAUUUGCCAUUCUUAAAAAUAGAAUGGCACUCUGAUUAGGCAGGAAUUUGCGGAUGCCCAACCGUAAACAGGGGCCCUUCCGAAUCUCUUUCUAACGGGCACAUCCUGCCAGUCAGAUAAGAUAGAAAUAUGGACGUGUGCCUCGAUCGUUGAACUCCAUCAAUCUUCUUCUAACGCCUCAAGCAUGCACGUCCUCUUUGCCCUGGCCGCAGUCGUUGCGAGUGUUAACUGUCAUAAAUAUUUUGAAACAGAACAAUUCAAGCCCUGCCCUAGGGUGAAUCCAGUACAAGACUUAAAUAUAAAAGAGCUUCAAGGCUCAUGGCAUGUCAGCUUGAUUAUACUCGACGCUGCGACUGAGAACCUCGAAGAGAGCACCGUUUGCAUCACGGGGGACAUCAUCGCCUUUAAUACCACUCACAUGAAGCAGACAUGGAACAUGUACACGCCUAGGAUGCCAAACGAACCGAUCGGUAACAUCGAGUUCAAUGUGGAUGUCAUUAAGCCAGGCCUGUGGGCUGUUGAGACACCUUUAGGAGGUGAACUAGCUGCAACGAUUUUCAGCUAUGACAACGACUUGAUCCUCGUGACGCACUGUGGGUGGCAGAAUGGCCAUCUCGUCCACCUUUGGACAGCCGGUGCUUCAAGAAAGAACAACAGCCUCAACCUUACAAUGAGAAUCAAAAUUUCAUCCAUACUACUUGCAAACGGCUUCGACCCUUCUACCACAAAAAUCAUAACAUGGAAUAACUCUUGUUAACAAGUCUGUAAUAAAUAAAAAUUGAACUUUUAAAACA